AUGGACAUCACCAAUCUCUUUUUCUCACGCCGGGAAGAAUCUCUCCUCUCUGGAGAUUAUAAUACUUACCGAGCACAAACCUCCCGGCGCUUGCAUACAGUGCGUAAGAAGCUUGGACGCACCACGCCAAAAGGUCGAAAGUACAACACUGAGGCUCCCAUAACUUCUGAAGAUGUCGCAUCCAAUCCACAGUCGGCGCAUAUCCUUAUCCUUAACGCAGAGCGAGCGUGGGCCCAGGCAAUGCACAUGAAGGCAGUUCACUCAGCCGAUCCUUCGGCGAAAGGAGUUAUCGGGCCAACGCGACGACAUAUAAUCAGCAGAUUGAACAAGGCAUCCAAAUACGCAGAGCGUCUUGUAUCUACUCUACAAGACCAGUCUAUCUCUAGUGCAUCGGAUAUCGAUCUCUUGGAAGCUCGCGCCUAUUUAGCCCUGCUGUUGGGUGGUCUGUAUAUGGAAAAGCAAAAUUGGGAUCAAUGUCUCCAACAAUUUAGUCUGGCCAGAAUCAUAUACACAGCCCUCGGCCAGAAAGAGAGAAGGGAAGCAUACCGGGACCUCAUAUCGGCUACGAUCGAUCCCUCUCUUCGGUAUGCCGCAUAUCAACUCAAAUUAUCUCGCAAUAAGCCUCUGCCUUCGCUCGCGAUUGAAUAUUUUCCGGGAAAUAGUGAUGUUCGUGCUGAACUUGAGAAAGUUGAUCCAAAAUGCUUGAUUGAAGAUGCCGAGGGGACCACGAGACUGGCGGAUGGCGAAGUCGAAAAGCUACCCGAGACGAUCACCUGGAGCUCACGCGCCGUCCCUAUUGAAGACGCAUCUAUAGCACAGACACUCGCCGCUGCUACCGCUGCUGAAUCCAAACUCGCUUCAUUCUUAUCGGGACGGACCUCAGCAUCUCCCAGAGAUAAAGCAGCCGCAUACGAUAACGUCAUUCUCGCUAGUCAAGAGAUUGUUGAUGCCACAAAGACAGCCAUUGACGACCUUGUCAAUGAGGGGGUUGACAGGGGAGAUCGCAGGAUGCAGGCAUUACAAGUCAUUCGAACUGCUGUCAACUAUUCUCUUGUUAGCUGGAGAGUGGGCCGGAAUAGAGUAUUGAGUGGUGACCAUGACGGAUUAUUGCUUGAGAGCGAACACAAAAGAACGGAUGCUCGUCGAAAAGCAAGCCGCCAAGAAAGCAGUGGCAGGGCUAUAUCGCAACUCCGUGAAAAAGUGGCAUUGUAUGAUUCUAUUCUGCAAAGCAUAGAGUUUGUCCGCGAAUUACCGGGUGUGGCAGGUGAUUCGGAAUUUGUUCAAGAACUCGAAGUGAAACUUCAUUACUUCAGAGCACUACGGUGUCUUGCCAUUGGCCGUUCUCAUUCAUUGCAGGGAAAUGCAAAAAACGCCCUUGCUUUGUUCUCCCGCUCUAGUGACCUAGCCACAUCCAUUCAAAAAAGCGGGAAAGGUGUUGCGACAAAUGGAGGUCCCGCCAAGCUAGAUGUUUCUCGUGAAGAGAUACAAUUCCUUGUCACGGUAUCUCAGGGACUGGAAGCAAAAUACCGUGGCUUGGUCAGUCUGGACAGAUUAUCCGAAAAGAAGCAGGAUCCGUCACGCGUCCAGUUGCCAUUAUCAGAGAAAAUGGAUGAAUACGCCGUGGACAGCGUCGACCUAAACAACCUGGUUCCUUUCCCACCGAAAAUGCGCUCGAUUCCCGUUAAACCACUUUUCUUAGAUGUGGCAUACAACUACGUCCAGUACCCCCGCGAAAAACCUGAUGAAGCCGAGGCCGAAAGCACGGGGACUCGUCGUGGGUGGUUUAGCUUUGGACGUUAG